AUGUCCAACCGAACCGCCGUGACCGAGUUCCUGCUCCUGGGAUUCUCUGAUGUUCGGGAAGUGCAGAUUUUGCACUUUGUGCUGUUUCUGGUGCUUUACCUUGUGGCCCUACUGGGGAACCUUCUCAUCAUCAUGGUUGUAUCCCUCAACCAUCAUCUUCACACCCCCAUGUACUUCUUCCUGGUGAACUUGUCCAUCCUGGACCUUGGCUCCAUCUCCGUCACCGUCCCCAAAUCUAUGGCCAACUCCCUCCUGAACACCAGGUUGGUUUCUUAUAGUGGGUGUGUUGCCCAAGUCUUUCUUUUUGACUUCUUCAAUUCAGCUGAUGUUGCUUUACUGACUGUCAUGGCCUAUGACCGAUACAUUGCCAUCUGCCAACCCCUGCAUUAUGAGACUGUGAUGAAGAGGACAGCUUGUGUCCACAUGGCUGCCGGGGCUUGGAUCACUGGUAUUGUCAAUUCUGCAGUGUUGACCGGGAGCAUGUUUGCAAGAACCUUCUGUAGAGGCAACACCGUAGAUCAGUUCUUCUGUGAUAUCCCUCAGCUAAUCAAGCUGGCCUGCCCCGAUUCAUACCCCAGUAGAGACCUGAACCAUCGGAAGCAGGUGGGGAUUCCCAGACAUGCUGUGGAGAUCGUCUCUGCUAAACUGAGUGAAGGUAUCAGAUCAGAGGUUUCGGUACCAUGCCCAUCAUUCGUGAAGAUGCAACCAAGAGAAAACAAUGAAUGGGACAAUCGAACCACCAUCACCAAAUUCAUCCUCCUGGGAUUCGGAAAUCUCCCUGAAUGGCAGACCUUUCUCUUUCUUCUGUUCUUAUUUAGCUACCUUGUAACAAUGGCCGGCACCAUCCUGAGAAUCUCAUCUGCUAUGGGGAAGCAAAAGGCCUUUUCUACUUGCUCCUCUCAUCUCAUGGUGGUGACCGCUUUCUAUGGGACCCUGAUGAUUGUGUAUGUCUUACCCAAAAAUGAUGCCCUGAGGGACCUCAAUAAAGUGUUCUCAGUCUUCUACACGGUCCUGACUCCCCUUCUUAAUCCACUCAUCUACAGCUUGAGAAACCGGGAG